CCUCUUCUUCCUAGCCAACUCUUUCUCGCUGCUGCUGCUGCUGCUGCUUUUUGCACGCCCUUCUCCUCGCCAUGACAGACAUCGGUCAGCUCUCGUCUCUACUGGAGAAGACGCUUGACACCAAUCCGACGAAUCGAGCUGGAGCUGAGCAGCAGCUUACGAGCCUAUCAACGUCGAACCCUUCUCACAUUUCGACGUUGCUCCAGAUCAUUGCGGCUGCAGAAUCACCCAUUCCCAUUCGAUUGGCAGCAGCGAUCCAUCUCAAGAACAUCAUUCGCUCAAGAUGGGAUGCCGAUGAUGCGCACGACGCAGGGCUGCCAGUUGUAGACGAAGGAGCCAAGGCUGCGCUGCGAGAGAAUCUUCUUCCCCUCCUACUGUCGCUCUCUCACCUCAACAGCCCUGCGCCGCUCCCGCUGCGACUACAGCUCAACACAUCGCUUUCCCUUGUAGCAUCACAUGACUUUCCACGCCUCUGGACUGGCCUCUUGGACGAUAUCAUCAGCAAUGUAGCUUCGCCGAACGCAGACCUCGGCGUCGUCCAGGCUUGCUUCUCAACGCUGCAUGAGGUGACAAAGAGCUGGAGAGGCCAGUUCAGGAGCGACAAGCUCUACGAGGAAAUCAAUUUUGUCCUGGGCAAGUUCGCGCCCCUUUGGUGGACUGGCAUACAGGCCACUCAUCAAGCUCUGCUCGACCCAUCGACACCUGCUUCACAAUUUGCGCCUCUGCUCAGCAUCCUGCAUACCUACAUACUCCUCUUCUACGACCUCUCAUGCCAGGACUUGCCGCCUCUCUUUGAAGACAACAUCGCUCCCAUCUCCGAGCUUCUCCUCCACUGGCUGUCAUAUACACCAGAAUCGUCGCGCCUCCCACCCAAUGACGAUGACGACAAGCCAGACGAGCUUACCAAAGUUCGCGCAGCAGUCUGCGAGGCCGCCGAGCUGUAUGCACAGCGCUAUCUCGACGCGUGGGAGCCGCAGGUGGCGGGCUUCGUCCAGGCGGUGUGGGAGAUGCUGGGCAAGCUAGAGGGCAAGACGGGUGGAAAGUACGAUGGCUUGCUGUCAAAAGCGCUCAGCUUUUUGAGCGUCAUUGUACGACAGCCAUCACUUCGGCACCUCUUCUCAUCAGCAGAGGGAGGAGCUGGUGUGAUGGAGUCCCUGGUGCAGCGCGUCAUCCUGCCCAAUGUUGGCAUGAAGGAGAGCGAAGAGGAAAUGUUCGAGGACGAGCCGCUUGCAUGGGUCAAGCGCGAGGUUGAGGGAAGCACAGAGACGGACACUCCACGCCUCUCAUCACUAGCGUUCCUGCGCUCUCUCCUCGAGCACUUCACGCAAGAGAUCACCGGCAUCAUCUCAAGAUACAUUCAGACGUAUCUUGAACAGUACACCGCCAACCCCCCGACCGAGUGGCGCAAAAAGGACGCAGCCAUCUGGCUCAUGACGGGCGUUGCGGCCAAGGGCUCCACUGGCCGACACGGCGUCUCGCAGGCAUCUACGAACAGCCUCGUUGACGUGGUCGACUUCUUCUCCAAUCACAUUUUUGCCGAUCUGCAAGCAUCAGAGGGCAGCGUCAAUCCUAUCCUCAAGGUUGAUGCUAUCCGUUACCUACACACUUUCAGGAAUCAGCUCACAAAAGAGCAGCUCCUCAGCGUCCUCCCUCUCCUCGUCCACCACCUGCAGAGCGACAAUGUUGGUAUCGCGACCUACGCCUCCAUCGCUGUCGAAAGCAUCCUCGUCAUCCGCGGCCCGAACAACUCUAUGCUGUUCACACCGGAAGAUGUCCAAACCUUCGCUGAGCCCACGCUCCUCGCCCUCUUCGGGAAGAUCGAGGCUGGCGAGACGCCAGAGAAGGUCGCAGAGAACGAAUUUUACAUGAAAGGAGUCAUGCGCGUCUUGACCACAGGACGUGAGCAGGUAGCAAGCAAGGUCCACUCGGUGCUCCUUGACCACCUCGCCAAGAUCAUCAGCAUCAUCGCCAAGAAUCCUUCAAAUCCACGCUUCUCCCAAUUCGCUUUCGAGUCGGUGGCUGCGCUUGUGCGAUACGCACUCGCGGCCGACCCGGCAAGCAUUGCGCGAUUCGAGGAGCUGCUCUUUCCCCCCUUUACAGCCAUCCUUCAGCAGGAGGUAGCCGAAUUUGUCCCUUUCGUCUUCCAGCUCCUCUCACAGCUGCUGGAAGCCCGCCAAUCGCAGGAUGGGCAGCUUCCAGCGUCGUACCAGAGCUUGCUGCCGUCACUGCUCACUCCGACGCUCUGGCAGUCAAGAGGCAAUGUGCCCGCUCUCGUGCGCCUGAUGCAGGCCUACCUCACCAAGGCGUCAGCGGCCAUGGUGGCCAACAACCAGAUCUCGCCCGUAUUGGGCAUCUACCAGCAGCUCAUUGCGAGCAGGAUCAACGAUGAAUUCGGCUUUGAGCUGAUGCAAACCGUCUUCGAGACCGUCGACGAAUCGGCAUUGCAGCCCUUCAAGUCAGCAGUCAUGACCCUCAUGCUCACCCGUCUGCAAAACUCCCGCACGGACAAGUUCGUGCGCGGUUUUGUUGGCUUUGUGGCCUCCCUCGCCCUCAUCAGGCGCAAAGGCAAUACCUACCCCGAAGCCACCUUCCAAGCAUUCGACUCUGUCCAGCCCGGCCUAUUCACUCAGCUCGUGCAAGGUAUCAUCGCGGCAGAGGUGCCUAAGACGACCGCUCGACGCAAGCCCCUCGUGGUCGUCGGACUCGGUCGCCUCCUCACCGAGUCGCCCUCUAUGCUUACUUCCGAAGCCCUCGCCCCUGUCUGGGCACCGCUACUGGGCGCCCUCGUCACCCUCUCCCGUGACUCGUCCAUCGCAGCUAAGAGCAUUGAAGCCCAACAAGCCGAGGCUGACGAGGUGUACGCGGAAGAAUGGGAGGAGCAGAACACUUUCCAGGCUGGCUUCUCCAAGCUGGCAGCAAGUGCACCGAGAGGCACGGAGGCGAGGGACGUCGUUGCUGUCAGGGAGGUGAUGGGAGCAGACUCCGGGAAGGAUGUGGGGGAGUGGCUUGUUGAGCAGGUCGUCAAGGCGAGUCAAAGGCAGCCGGGCAGAUUGCAGGGUUUGCUGGCGGGUAUGGACCCGAAGGCGGGUCAGGCAAUGCAGGCGAUGCUGGCGCAGAAGGGCCUGAAUAUCGCGUAGACAAGCGCAAUGACAAUGCUGUUAGUAUGAUUUCGGAACGUCUGCGUAGCUGCUACGACAAUAGAAUAUCCGCCUCCAGUCGUUGUUCAUUCCCCCUCUUUCUGCUUGUGACCCUUUCCCUCCCCCUCUCCACCCUCGCGCUGCUCUCUCUUCUUUCUCGUGUUUCUUUCAACUCUAGCUCUCCUUGCCUCCUUCGCAAUCAUCAGCAUCUCUGGGCUGAAGACCAUCCGCGACCGGGCCUCUUCCCGCCUCCACGCCUCGCUUAUAACCUGUUGUCGCUGCUUCACGACGUCCAACCAGAUCUUCGGGGGAUCGGUCCGUGUCUCGCCCUGGCCGCUCGCCCGUAAUUGGGCCAUGAUCCUGUCCUCCUCCAACAACAUACCC